CUGUUCGAGCAGAUCGGAUGCGAGGUGGCAGAAACACGUUUGGUCCCAUGUACAAGCGAGACCGUGCCCUGAAGCAGCAGAGAAAGGCUCUGAUACAAGCUGGUGGAUUCAGACUGGAGAGCAGCCCCCCUCUGGUCUACUCAGCCCACCCGAGAGACCUCACCUUCGCUGGUGGCCUCCAACCAGACUGCAUCCUUCACAGCGUCCCGCUGCCCACAGAACAGAAUGACUGCAUCAGCUACCAGCCUCCAUCACUGUGUUCACUUCUGCCCUCCAGCUCCCCUGUUGGCCCCCAGUACCAGAGCUUCUCCCUCUCAAACUGGACUAUCAAGUCCAAGCACACCAACAACUGUGACAGUCCACCAGGCUCUGCUGCAGCAACCUACGCCGACUCAGACGAGCUACACUCGAGCUCUCCACAAGGUCCCGGGAUGCCUCAGCUGGUGAUGGAGUUCCUGCUCUGUGAUCCAGAUGAGCUGCAACUGCAGAAUAAGAUCAGCGCUCGUAUCCAGCAGGAGCAGACCGGCUGGAGGAGACACGGGAACCCCGGCACCUUCAGCCUCAUGUGCGUCAUGGCUGACCAGACGCUGCUCUCCAUCGUGGAGUGGGCUCGCACGUCCAUCUUCUUCAAACAACUUAAGGUCAGUGAUCAGAUGAAGUUACUGCACAGCUGCUGGAGUGAACUGUUGAUCCUGGACAUCAUUUCCAGACAGGUCCUGUACGGCAGAGUGGGCAGUCUGCUCCUGGUCACUGGGCAGGAG